AUGUCAAUUUCUUUAAAAGUAUUACUUCUGCUAGCUCUCUUUAUUGCUUUAUAAUUUUCCUCAGCAUUAAAUUUACAGAAGUAAUGCAGCACUAAUACAGAUUGCAAAGAUUAUGAGGAAUGUUCUUUUUAGUAAAUAUGCACAAGUGAGGGUUGCUAGAAAUCUUAAAAGAAAUAGUGCAUUAGUGUCGGACCAAGUAGUUAAUAGUUUACCAGAGCACAGCAAAAUAGCAAUUACCUUUCUUAAAGCUAUUAGCAAUCUGAAAAUGAACAGAUUCAGCCACAACUUAUUAUUAAAUCCUCUAAAGAUAAGGAUUCUUUAAUAAGUUUUGAAAAAAAAGGAGAUCAAUAGCAAGAUCAUACUUUUAAAAUGGGUCUAUAAGGACUUGAUAAUGACUUUGUUAUUAGCAAAGGUGAAAACUCUUUAUUGGUAAUUGAUGCUGAGAGUGGAGAUGUAAGAAUAAAUAAAAAUUUGAAAAUCACAGAGGAACUUAAAUUGGGUCUUUAAAGUUAAAUCGUAAUUGGCAAGGUGCCUUAAUGGAUUAUGAUCCAUGAAGAGGUUAGUGGAUAGUUUGAUCUCUCUAAAUGGACUCUAUUAAAUGGAAAAGGAAAGACAUUAAAAUAAACAAAGUGUGGAGGCUAUACUCUUCUUGGUGGGUAUGGAGAACUUUCACUAGAGAAAUUAUAAACUCAGAUUUCGCUGGCAAAUUAUAAAUACAGUAAUGUAAAGAUCGAAGCAGUAUUUCACUUCAUUGAUGCUUGGUCAGGAUAAACAGCAUAUAUGAGGCUACCACAUUCAGAAGCGUAUCUCUGGACUGACUCAUUUGAUUUUACACAAACUAAAAAUACUCUCAAUCUUUGUGGAAGUGACAUUGGAGAAGGUAAAUUCUCUUCUUAAAUAGAGGCAGUUUUCUCCUCUGACUUAGGAAUAGAUAAAGAGUCUAACACCUUAACGGUGGAAUUUGGAACAACACUCGAAACAGACGCUUAAUAUUCAUCAUAUGGCAUAUCCUCAUUGAGAGUGUAUAUUAGAUGA